AUUUAAAUUAUUUAAUUAAACUUCUGAAAGUGUCAAUUAUUUUGUUUUAUUUAUUUAUUUUUCUCUCACUAAAUUUUUGCCUCUUUGCGUCUUUGUUGCUUCCUCAACUCUCAACUGCCUCCAACUCCUCAGACCGCAGACUCCUUCGAAGGAAAACGUUCUCCAGAAUCAACAGCGAGGCUGUUUGUGACAUUUAGGGGAAUCGAGGACGAAGAACAAUAGGGGUGGUGGCAAACGCUGUAAAGAUAAAUCAGAUGCAGCAUGAAGUUUCAAUUGGGAAUUGCACCCCAGGUGGUGACCAAUCUGGUGGUUUUUCCGGUCCUGACAUUGAGAAGCAGGGAAACAGUGUGGUAUCGGGUCAAGGUGAGAGAAACCAGGGUUCAUCAGGGGAUUCAGGAGUUGAGGGCAAUCCAGAACUGCUAACCAUCGUGGUUACAAAUGGGGAGGGGAAAUUGGCAAAGGAUGUGGAAUCCAGUGAGGUGGAGCUGCAUUCUGUGGCAUCACCUAAGAAAGCGAGUUUGUCAAGAACUGAUAGUUCUAAUGAACAGUGCAGAGUUUGUCAGCAGGAGAAGGAAGAAGUUCUUAUAGAACUUGGUUGCCAAUGUCGAGGUGGUCUUGCAAAAGCCCAUCGAUCUUGCAUAGAUGCUUGGUUUCGUACUAGAGGAUCCAACAAAUGCGAGAUAUGCCAAGCUGUAGCUGGGAAUGUGCCACCUCCGGAGACACAACCAAGUCACGCAAAUUACUGGGUUUGGAGGAUUGACCCAAACUAUAGACCCCAUGACCGUGAAAGGGGUUGUUUCAGUCCCCUUUGGGUGGCAUUCUCGAUUCUUAUUGGUGGUCUACUGUUGGAUGUGCUAAUAUCCAUAACGCUUGGCGUCUCUGCUUUGCCUGUUAACAUCAUCAUUGGUGUUAUUGUUGUCCUUGGGCUUGGAACUGCUCUUCGACUUGCACUGGAAUUCUGCCAUGAAUGGAGUUUGAGGAGAGUUGUGCAAAGGGUCGAAACAAAUGUGAAUCUUGGAUACCAUCCUGCGUUGUAGUUAAACCUGUACAUAGUAGAAUUUGAGUUUUCAAGUGAACUAUCUAUUUCUUGUGUGAAUAAAUGUUCACCUUACUAUUUUGUUCUGUGAGGAAGCCAUGAAGUGUUGCUGCUUAAAUCAAUACACCAUGUUGCAGUUUGAUUCAUCAAUGCUUUUUGAUAAUUUAAAUGAUUCAGGUCACUGUGGUGACAGCGUAUACAUUGGUGUCUUGUUUUCCUACCACAUGCUGUUUAAU